GCGAAGCAUGGAGCCCCCCGCCGAGUGCCAGCAGGAGACCCCAACCCUCACGGAGGCAGCCGCCGAGUUCCUGAGACGUAUCGGGCCGGGGGAGCUGGAGCGCUGCCUGUUCGCCGAGACGCUGGAGGGGGUGGCAGCGAGGGACCGGGCAAGGGCCCGGUGGCCGGGCCAGUGGUGGCUGGUAGCCCGGUGGGCUCCCUACGAGCGGGCGGGCGAGCCGGCGCGGCGCUGCCUCCUGGUGCGAGCCGGGUCCCGCGGCAGGCAGGACGGCGUGCCCAGCUCCGGCACCCUCAAAGCCUACGUGACCCCCCAGCUGGAGACCCUGGAGCAGGAGGAGCUGGAGCGCCUGGAGCUCCAAGCACAGCCCGUAGAGAGGAGGACCCAUAUCGUGAGCCACCAGCAUGGGAUAACUGUCACCAAGAGCCUCCAGGAGGGAGAGGCAGAGCCGUAUUGCCGGAGCUUCUCCUACGGCCGGGCUGAGCUGCGGGGGCUGCUGCUGGAGGGUGCCAGCCUCCUGCUGCUGCGGGUGCUGGCGUGCCAGCGGGCAGUGCCCCCCGGCCUCGUCUUCCCGGCCAUCGACACCGAGGGCUGCCUCUGCACCUCCAGCUACCGCUCCCUGGGCGUCCAGUGGCAGGCGGUGGGCUCGGCGGAGGCAGAGGUGUUUGUGAUCGAGCGAGCCAUGCACACCAUCACCGGCGUCUCCACCACCUGGCACAGCAGCUUCCUCCCCAACGGGCGUUUGGCCCGGCUGGAGCAGGUCGGCUGCCCGAUGCUGGUGUUUCUGCAGGAUGAGUCUGUCCUCAGCGAGACAGGGAGGGGCGAGCCCCGGCCCCUCUUUCCCAAACAGCCCCUGGACUGGGAGGAGGACAUCCAGCUCCGCUCCUGGUUCCUGGACAGGAAGGAGGAGCUGCAAGCGUCCCACGCCGCCUACAUCCAUCGGCACCCUGAGCUCUGGGUACUGCUGGCUGACUUCCUCCAGGCCCUGCUUCUCCAGCAGCCUCAUGACCCCGUCUCCUUCGCUGCCCAAUUCUUUGCCCCCCAGGAGCCCCCCAGCAGCCUCUUUGCCUCCUCCGGGGCUGCCAACCCCCUCCCCAGCCCCCCACCUCCCCACCCUCCAGCUAAUGGCGAAUAAAGCUGCUUCACACUG